AUGGAGCAAUAUUAUCACAAUAAUAACUUGUACCUCAACCUUCUCUUCCUCUUCAUCUCCACCAUCUUUCUUUCCCUCUCGGCCAUCUUCUACAAGCACAAAUCCCAAUACUACAACCACCCGAACCUGCCACCGGGUCGACCGGGCAUCCCUUACCUCGGCGAAACCCUAGACUACCUCUCCACCGGUUGGACCGGCCGCCCGGAAAAGUUUGUUACCGACCGGAUCCGGAGAUUCUCCUCCUCCGUGUUCAAGACCCACAUCAUCGGCAAGCCCACCGUCGUCCUCGCCGGAGCGGAAGGCAACAAGUUCCUCUUCACCAACGAGAACAAGCUCGUGGUCGUGUGGUGGCCGGAGUCCGUCAACAAGAUCUUCCCCUUCAGCGAGACCACCUCCGUCGGUGAGGAAUCCCGCCGGCUGCGGAAGGUGCUGCCGCAGUUCAUGAAGCCCGAAGCCCUCCAGAGGUACGUCGGGGUGAUGGACGAGGUGGCGCGCCGCCACUUCGCCUCGCUGUGGGAGGAUCGCGACGAGGUGGAAGUGCUCCCGCUGGCGAAGAAGUACACGUUCUGGGUGGCGUGUCGGGUGUUCGUCAGCUUGGACGAUCCCGCGCAAAUUGCGGAGCUCGGCGUGCCGUUCGAUGACGUGGCGGCCGGGAUCUUCACCCUUCCGUACGAUCUCCCCGGGACGCCGUUCAGGAGGGCGGUUCGGGCGUCGAAGUUUAUAAGGGAGGAGUAUCUGAUGGGGAUUAUUGGCCGGAGAAAGGCUGAGCUGGCGGCGGCGGCGGAGGAGGAUGGUAGUAAGAUGAAAACGCAUCAGGAUAUAUUGUCGUAUAUGCUGACGGCGACCGACGACGGAGGGAAGCGUAUGAGCGAAAGAGACAUUGCUGACAAGAUACUAGGGCUUCUGGUCGGCGGCCACGACACCGCCGCUGCCACGUGUACUUUCAUCGUCAAGUUCUUGUCGGAGUUUCCGGAUGUUUAUGAUCGAGUUUACGAAGAACAAAUGGAGAUCGCGAGAAGCAAAACAGCAGGGGAAGUGUUGAACUGGGAAGACAUAAAAAAGAUGAAGUACUCGUGGAAUGUAGCUUGUGAAGUACUUAGGCUCACUCCUCCUGUUCAAGGCUCGUUCAGGGAAGCCACUACGGACUUCAUUUUCAAUGGCUUCUCCAUCCCCAAGGGUUGGAAGUUGUAUUGGAGUGUAGCUUCAACUCAUCGGAACGAAAAGCACUUUCCAAAACCAGAGAAGUUCGAUCCCAGCAGAUUCGAAGGAAGUGGUCCAGAUCCAUACACGUUCGUUCCUUUCGAAGGAGGCCCCAAGAUGUGCCCUGGCCAAGAGUAUGCUCGCCUUGAAAUUCUGGUGUUCGUGCACAACCUGGUAAAACGAUUCAAGUUCGAAACGUUGAUCCCCGAUGAGAAAAUGAUUGCAAAUCCUGUUGCUGUACCGGCUAACGGUCUCCCUGUUCGCCUGUUUCCUCGUAAGGCUUAGAACCAAUAAGUAAAUCAAAACACUUGUUGCUUAUCAUUAAAGGGUACGUCCUUUGUCAACUAUGUAUCGUGGAAUAUUUAUUUUAAUAAAUAUAUCAAUAAUA